AUGCUUCUAAAGACUGCUGCUCAACGGCGUACGGCUGACGACAACGCAAGGCCGUGUACCGAAAAGCUGCAGAAUGUACCAACGCCUGAAUUUGACGGACGCGACGAUGAUAGCUACGAAAUGUGCCGAGCCUAUGUCCUUCCCAAUCUAAGGGACAGUGUAGAGCGAACUUACCCGAUUUUUCCCGAAUCUUUUCAGACAAGGAGGGAACAACAUCCCGGUCCGAUGUUGGUUUUCCAACCCGACAGGACAGUCUUCCCACGCGCCCGACUCAACGAGAAUAUAGCCUCAUAG